AGUUGUUGGCGCACACUUGAAUCAUUCGUUGCACUCCGACGACCACGUCACUGCUUACGUUGACCAGAGCAUUUGAAGCGGCGUUACAAAUACCGCGGUGCGGCAAGAAAAGCUCAGAUAUCGGCGAGCAAAGGCGAUGAAGGAAACUGUGGUUUUGUACCCAGUGCCGGCGAUGGGCCACUUGGUGCCCAUGGUGGAGCUGGCCAAGCUCUUCGUCCUCCACGACUUCUCCGUCGUUGUCGUCCUCAUGCACACGCCCGUAAAACAUCCCUCCGUGGAUCCCUUCGUCGCCCGCGUCUCCUCCGCCUACCCCUCCAUCUCCUUCCACCAGCUCCCGCCGACCGCCUCCCUCCCCAACACCCCCGUUACCCGCUUCUUGGACCUCGUCCUCCCCAACAACCCCCAGCUCCUGCACUUCCUCGCUGCCCGUUCCCGCACCUCCGACAUCCGCGUCGUCGUCCUCGACUUCUUCUGCACCGAUGCCCUGGCCGUCACCGCCAAGCUCCGCCUCCCUUCCUACUUCUUCUUCGCCUCCUGCGCCGCCGUUCUCGCCGCCUUCCUCUAUCUUCCGACCCUCUACGCCAUCGCCGACAUCGACUUAAAGGCCCUCGGCGACUCACCGCUCCACUUCCCGGGGCUGCCCCCCGUCCCCGCCUCCGACAUGCCCCGCGAAAUGAUCGACCGCGAUGAAGACUACUUCAAGAGGAUGAUACGUGUCUUCGAGAGCCUGCCGAACGCCGACGGCAUCCUGGUCAAUUCGUUCGAGUCCCUGGAGGCGGAGGCCAUCCGGGUCCUUCGGGACGGGACCUGCAUUCCCGGUCGUAGGAUGUCGCCGGUUUUUUGUAUCGGGCCGUUGAUCGCCGACGGGAGCAGGGACGUCGGAGAAGAUAAGGUGGAAAAAGCCGAGUGCGUGGCGUGGUUGGACGAGCAACCGCGCGGGAGCGUAGUGUUCCUAUGCUUCGGUAGCAUGGGAAUGUUCUCCGCGGAGCAGCUCAAGGAGAUCGCCGCUGGCCUGGAGAGGAGCGGACAGCGGUUCCUUUGGGUGGUGCGGGCUCCGCGGAGCGAGAGCCAGGGGCCGCAGGGAUGGGGGCUGCAGUCAGAGCCGGACUUGGAGGCCCUGUUUCCGGAAGGCUUCUUGGAGCGGACAAAGCAGAGAGGAUUCCUGGCGAAGUCGUGGGCACCGCAGGUGGAGGUGCUCAACCACGAGGCGGUGGGGGGGUUCGUAACGCACUGCGGGUGGAACUCGGUGCUGGAGGCGAUCACGGCCGGGGUGCCGAUGAUCGGGUGGCCACUGUACGCGGAGCAGGGGAUGAACAAGGUGCUCCUGGUGGAGCAGAUGCGGGUGGCGGUGGCGAUGGAGGGCUGCGCCAAGGAGCUGGUGGCGGCGGAGGAGGUUGAGGCCCGGAUCAGGUGGCUGAUGGAGUCGGAGGGGGGGCGGGACCUGAGGGCACGGGCGGUGGCGACGAAGCAGAGGGCGGCGGAGGCGAUAAGGGAAGCCGGGUCGUCUCAUCAGGCGUGGCUGGACGUAGUGAAGACCUUGAGGAAUGGAAGCACGUCACCACUUCGAACCACAGGAUUGACGAGUGAGGACCACCUCAAGGUGCCGUGCGAUUGAUGACAUCCGCACCUGUCGGUUGAGGAGUAGUGGACUCCCCAUGUGAUGAAGCAAUUCAAUGGUUUGUGGACCUUUGUUGGAAAACCUAAAGAUAAAUAUUAAAAUAUUUUGAAUAA